AUGACCUCCUACAUGACCGGCAGCGAGGCCUUCACUCGUGAACACCAACAGAUGGACUCCGCACCCCAAGCAGCUUGGGCUGACAAGUACCGCGGGGCCACCAUUGAAGACCUCGACCCGCCCCAGGCACUUUCCGUCUCCCCCGAUAGCCCCAUCUCCGCCGCACUCAUGGCCGCUUACGAGCGCGACUACACCCACCUCACCGUCAUUUCUGCCCAGCGAUCUCUCCUCGGUUACCUGAGCAUCCCCCGACUGAAGGAGCUGAUCCAGAGCGGUGCCGUCAAGGAUUCCGACCCAGUCUCUGCCGCUAUGCAACGUUUCAACCGAAAGCGAGGCAUCUACAAGGUGAUCACCAUGGAGACACCCUUAGAGGAGCUGGAGGAGUUCUUCGAGAGCGAGACCGGUGCCAAUGGUGACAAGCGGGAGAAGCACCCAUUUGCCGUGGUGACCGAUGCAGCACGCAAGUUUGUGCUUGGCGUUGCUACAAAGGCCGAUCUGGAGGAGUUUGUGAAGCGACGACCUUGA